UAAAUUUCAAAAAAGUACCUUCUUCAAUACGUGUUGCUAUAAAUAGUACUCAAUUUUUCAUUUUUUCCCUCAUUCAUUUCUGCUUCCCCAUUGCACAAAGGAACUCUAAUAUCAAUCACCAGUAACUUUACAGACAACAAACAUGGCCGAUUCAUCACGCGAAGAAAAUGUGUACAUGGCCAAGCUCGCUGAGCAGGCUGAGCGGUAUGAGGAAAUGGUUGAGUUUAUGGAGAAGGUUGCGAAGACAGUAGAUGUUGAAGAACUGACUGUGGAGGAAAGGAAUCUUCUUUCUGUGGCUUACAAGAAUGUGAUUGGUGCAAGAAGGGCUUCUUGGAGGAUAAUCUCUUCAAUUGAGCAGAAAGAGGAGAGUCGUGGAAACGAAGACCAUGUUAGCAGCAUUAAAGAAUAUAGAGCCAAAAUUGAGGCUGAACUCAGCAAGAUAUGUGAUGGGAUUUUGAACCUUCUCGAGUCCCAUUUAGUACCAUCAGCCUCAACAGCUGAGUCGAAAGUGUUUUACUUGAAGAUGAAAGGUGAUUACCAUAGGUACUUGGCUGAGUUUAAGACUGGGGCAGAGAGGAAAGAAGCUGCAGAGAACACUUUAUUAGCAUACAAGUCUGCUCAGGAUAUUGCAUUGGCUGAACUGGCUCCUACUCACCCAAUCAGGCUGGGACUUGCCCUUAACUUUUCAGUGUUCCAUUAUGAAAUUCUUAACUCACCUGAUCGUGCUUGUAACCUUGCAAAGCAGGCCUUUGAUGAUGCCAUCGCGGAGCUGGAUACACUCGGUGAGGAAUCUUACAAGGACAGUACAUUGAUUAUGCAGCUUCUCCGAGACAAUCUUACCCUUUGGACUUCUGAUACCACGGAUGAUGCCAGGGAUGAGAUCCAGGAAGCUUCAAAACAGGAGUCAGGUGGCGGACAGCAGUAACGACGUAGUAGCAUAGUCUUGUACUCUUUAUUUGUGAUUUUCGAAGACUCUUCGUAUCACUGCUGAAGUCAUUGAUAAAAAAAAAACAUGUUUUAGUAUGAUGAUCUGUUGUGAUGCUAUUUGCAUCGUCAUUUAGUAAUUAGAUUUGAAAUACUGGUAUUUCUUCUGUACUGAUGUGUUGGCUUGUAUUUCUAGUUUCAACUGCAUAUGUUGAUUAGCUUGAAUUUUAAAGUCAUUCAAUAAUUCAAUACUUCCCAAAUCAA